AUGUGCUCCCUUAAGCCCCCUAAGUCUGCCUCCGCUUCCGCUGCGUCCUCCACCGGCACCGCGUCCACCGGCAACAACGCCUCCGGCUCGUCCAACGGGACCCUCCCCGACGACGUCGUCGCGUCUACCUGGUACGCCGGUUGGCACGGGACCGACUUCCCCCCGGACCAGCUCAGCUGGUCCAAGUACACCUCGGUCACCUACUCGUUCGCUGAGACGACCAACGAUGUGAACACGCUCUCCCUCGAGGGCUCGAACCCGGACUUGCUCCCUACAUUCGUCGGAUUGGCGCACCAGAACGGUGUGAAGGCAAUGCUCACCGUCGGUGGUUGGUCUGGCUCUCAGUACUUCUCCACCGCCGUGGCUACCGAGGCCAAUCGGACCGCAUUCGUCAAGACCUGCACGGAUCUCAUCUCCAAGUACAACCUGGAUGGGCUCGAUUUCGACUGGGAGUAUCCCAACAAGCAGGGCGUGGGCUGCAACACCAUCGACGCCGACGACAGCGCCAACUUCCUGUCCUUCCUCCAGGCCCUCCGUACUGAGGUCGGUCAGAACUUCACCAUCUCCGCCGCCGCGGGUAUCACCCCCUUCGCUGGGACGGACGGCAGCCCGAUGUCAGACGUCUCCGCGUUCGCCGAAGUCCUCGACUGGGUCGCGAUCAUGAACUACGACAUCUGGGGUUCCUGGUCAACUUCCGCCGGGCCCAACGCCCCCCUCAACGACACCUGCGCGCCGGCCGCGGAUCAACAGGGCUCCGCCGUCUCCGCCGUUGCCGCAUGGACCAAAGCUGGCUUCCCCGCUUCACAGCUCGUGCUCGGUGUCGCUUCCUACGGUCAUUCCUUCGCCGUCUCCGCAUCUAACGCGUUCGCCGGCGCGGACGACACCACCCUCGCCUCCUACCCCGCCUUCGAUGCAAGCUCCCAGCCGCUCGGCGACGAGUGGGACGAGGUCGCCCCUGCGGGCAAGGACCAGUGCGGUAACGCGACUCCCGGCGGGCCGUCCGGCAUCUGGGACUUCUUCGGCCUCAUCGACGGCGGGCUGCUCACCGCCAACGGCACCGCGGCGGACGGCGUCCCGUACCGGUACGACGAGUGCUCGCAGACGCCGUACGUCUACGACGUGAGCCGCAACGCGCUGAUCGCGUACGACGACACGACCUCGUUCGCGGCGAAGGGCAAUUUCAUCAACAACAUGGGCAUGCUCGGCUUCGCGAUGUGGGAGGCCGCGGGCGACAAGGACGACCUCCUCCUCGACGCGAUCUCGGACGCGAUGGGCAUCGUCGACGUGAGUUGCUGA